CCACUUUGGAUUUGGGGCUUGUUUUUCAGUGUGCGGGAGUGAUUGCGUGAUUCGGUGCUUUGGGUUGGAUUGGGCGGCGUCCGUGGUGUCUGGCAUUGCUGUUUAGAAUUGUUUCGCGAAUUGGGUACUCGGUGAUUUGUUUCUCCGAUGCCUGCUCGUUAGUUACUCUGAUUGAUCCCCCGAUUUUUUUUAUCUUGGAAAUUCAGAAUGAUUAUUUAUUUUUGUAUCAUUGGAAGGUAAGUUUUGGGUUAGUAGCAAUGUUGGGUUUUGCAAUUUCAAAUUGGUGGUGGAAGAAAUAUGCUGUAAAGUGGCGCUUGGACAAAACAGCAUGUAAAUAGUGGUGUACUGGUGUGGUGUUUGAACUGAAGAAAUACAUCUUGUACCUCACUGCAUUUUUAUAUGGUUGGGUUUGGCUGAAGUAGUUAGAUACGUUGUGUUUCCCUUUUCAGAAUCGGGAUUUGCAUGUGGAGUUGUUUAUUAUGUCGAUGAGCAUGAAUUUGUACCAUUUGGUUCUGCCAUGUAGCAAUGGUGGAUAAAACUCAUGUAGAGCUUGAAACACAAUGAGUAUCAGGAAAAGGAACAUCUAGUGAGAGCUGUAGGAAAAAGGGACAUCUCUUGUGACCUAAUGGAAUGGAAAUUUUCAUCCAAAAUUCAUGUGUUCCAGAGGACCCUAUUUAUUCAGAGUUUUUGGAUGCUUGUUGCUAUAUGUGAACUUAAGGAUGGUAACCAGGGGUGAAUUUUUUCCACAUUUCGAACCAAAUCGUUGCAAACUUGCAGUCGAUGUCUCUAAUAUGAACUCUGUAGUGCGUUUUGGCUUAGCAUGGAUCCUAAUUUCCCAAACAAAUUUAGCGCCUUCUAUCUGAAGAAUCAUUCAUUUUGAUAUAUUACUUAUGAGUGGAAUCUCCUAGCUUUUCAUAUGAUUAGAAAUGUAAUGGAAAAUUCAGGAUGCCUUGAAUUGGAUAUUGUUGCUGUUGAAUAUAGUUUGUAACCAUGUGUAUAUUUACUACUGGUGGAGGAUACUCUCGCAAUCCCCAACCUCUGUCUUAAUCCCCUGCCUCUGUGGUAAGAGCAUCUGCUGCAGCUAACGAGUCAGGGGCUUGACAGAGAAGCGCUCCCUUCCAACAUUGAUCUUGUUUAGGUGGCUUCUAUACAAGAAGGCUUCGCAGGUUCUAUAUCUCCAUUUUACGUUGAAGAGACGUGCAUUUCUUGAAGAAUUCCAUGAGAAACAGGAACAGGUCAAAGAUUGGCUUCAAAAUUUGGGAAUCGGGGAGCAUAUGCCAGUUGUACAUGAGGAUGAAGAAGCAGAUGAUGUGCAUGUUCCCUCACAACAGGAUGACCACUCUGUCAAAAAUAGAAAUGUUCCGUCAAGUGCUGUUUUGCCUGUCAUACGACCAGCUCUUGGUCGUCAGCAGUCCAUUUCUGAUCGUGCAAAGAUUGCCAUGCAACAAUAUCUGAACCAUUUCUUUGGGAACUUGGAUAUUGUCAACUUAAGAGAGGUUUGCAAAUUUUUGGAAGUCUCGCUGUUAUCAUUUUUACCAGAGUAUGGGCCCAAGCUAAAGGAAGAUUAUGUUACAGUUAGGCAUUUGCCAAAAAUUGAUACGAACAGUAAAGAGAGGUGCUGUUCAUCUAGCUGUUUUAGUUUCUGCAAUAGUAGCUGGCAAAAGGUUUGGGCUGUACUGAAGCCAGGAUUCUUAGCUUUGUUCCAAGAUCCAUUUGAUCCAAAGCUUCUGGAUAUAGUUAUCUUUGAUGUAUCACCUGACAUGCAUAGAAAUGAAGAAGGCCAAAUCACUCUAGCAAAGGAGAUCAAGGAAAGCAAUCCAUUGCAUUUUGGAUUUGAGGUAUCUUCUGGGGCACGGACAAUAAAGUUGAGAACAGGAAGUUCUGCUAAAGUAAAAGAUUGGGUAACUGCAAUAAAUGCUGCUCGACGCCUUCCAGAGGGCUGGUGUCACCCUCAUCGUUUUGGUUCAUUUGCACCACCCAGGGGCUUGACUGAAGAUGGUAGUAUCGUACAAUGGUUUAUAGAUGGGCAAGCUGCAUUCAAUGCUAUUGCUUCUUCCAUUGAACAAGCCAAAUCAGAGAUAUUUAUUACUGACUGGUGGCUCUGCCCAGAAUUGUAUCUUCGACGCCCUUUCCACUAUCAUGGGACCUCUAGGCUUGAUAUUCUUCUUGAAUCAAAGGCAAAGCAAGGUGUACAGAUUUACAUUCUUCUGUACAAGGAAGUUUCUCUUGCAUUGAAAAUUAACAGCAUGUACAGUAAAAGACGGUUGCUUAACAUUCAUGAAAAUGUUAAAGUUCUGCGCUACCCUGAUCAUUUCUCAACUGGCAUAUACUUAUGGUCCCACCAUGAGAAAAUUGUUAUCGUUGAUAAUCAAAUAUGCUAUAUCGGAGGCCUCGAUUUAUGUUUUGGUCGUUACGAUACUCCCGAACACAAAGUUGUGGAUUCCCCUUCUUCAAUAUGGCCAGGGAAGGAUUACUACAACCCAAGGGAAUCUGAGCCAAAUUCUUGGGAGGACACGAUGAAAGAUGAGCUUGAUCGCACUAAGUAUCCUCGAAUGCCCUGGCAUGAUGUUCAAUGUGCUCUUUAUGGUCCAGCAUGUCGAGAUGUAGCAAGGCAUUUUGUUCAGCGCUGGAACUAUGCAAAGAGGAAUAAAGCACCAAAUGAGCAAGCAAUUCCAUUACUGAUGCCUCAUCAUCACAUGGUAAUUCCCCAUUACAUGGGCAAAAGCAAAGAAACAACUGGUGAGAUAGAGAGUAAACAGACACGAGAUCAGGAUAUCAAAAUUAGGCGGCUAAGCUCCCUACCAACAGCAUCAUCAUGCCAGGACAUUCCGUUGCUCUUGCCUCAAGACCCUGAUCACCAGGCAUUGCCUAAUGGAGAUUUAGGCCUCAAUGAUUUGGACAUUAAUCAUUAUCUUUUGGAUCACCCAAACAAAACCGAUUUGAAGCAGUCACUGUCCAACCGAAAGGCCAAACAAGAUCUUUCUCUUCAGGAUUUACAGCUGAAAGGUUUCGUGGACAAUCUUGGUUCUCCUGAUAUUUCACUUGUUACACACCACGACACCUCUAAACCAAAUGUGCAUCACAUGGACAAGGAGUGGUGGGAGACACAGGAGCGAGGAAGCCAGGUCUCCUCUGUGCUUGAUGUAGGAGAGGUUGGUCCCCGAACGACUUGUCGUUGUCAGGUUAUUAGAAGUGUUGGUCCAUGGUCAGCAGGAACAACUCAAAUUGAAGGAAGCAUCCACAAUGCCUAUUUUUCUCUCAUUGAGAAGGCAGAACAUUUUGUUUAUAUUGAGAAUCAAUUUUUCAUAUCAGGUCUUUCAGGAGACGACACAAUAAAAAACCGUGUUUUAGAAGCAUUAUACAGGCGAAUACUUAGAGCUGAAAAGGAGAAAAAGUGCUUCCGGGUUAUCAUUGUCAUACCACUUUUACCUGGUUUUCAGGGAGGUAUUGAUGAUGGUGGAGCUGCAUCUGUGCGGGCAAUUAUGCACUGGCAAUACCGGACUAUUUGUAGAGGGCCUAAUUCAAUACUUAAGAAUCUAUAUGACCUGGUUGGCUCCAAAGCACAUGAUUAUAUCUCCUUUUAUGGGCUCAGAGCACAUGGCAGACUAGGUGAUGGAGGUCCUUUGGUCACCAAUCAGAUAUAUGUGCACAGUAAGUUGAUGAUCAUUGAUGAUCGCAUGACACUGAUUGGCUCUGCAAACAUAAAUGAUAGAAGCUUGCUUGGAUCAAGGGAUUCUGAGAUCGGUAUGAUUAUUGAAGAUAAAGAGGUGGUCAGUUCAACAAUGGAUGGAAGACAUUGGGAAGCUGGGAAGUUCUCUCUCAGCUUGCGGCUCUCUCUGUGGGCAGAACACCUUGGUCUUCGUGCAGGGGAGGUUAGUCAAAUUAUGGAUCCUGUGGCUGAUUUGACUUACAAAAACAUCUGGAUGGCAACUGCUAAGGCGAAUACAGCGAUCUACCAAGAUGUCUUCUUGUGUGUUCCCAAUGAUCACAUCCACUCUAGGUCCCAAUUUCGUCAAACCUUAACUCUCUGGAAGGAGAAAAUUGGUCACACGACCAUCGACCUGGGUGUUGCCCUAGAGAAAACAGAAAUUCUUGAGGAAGAUGGUGAACCGGUUGUGGUAGGAACCGACCCUAUGGGGAGAUUGCAGGCCGUCAGAGGCAACCUUGUUUCCUUUCCUUUGGAGUUUCUUUGCCAAGAGGACUUGAGACCAUUCUUCAGUGAGAGCGAGUAUUAUACAUCCCCGCAAGUUUUUCAUUAGCUUCUGUCUCUUAUCUCUCCUUUUUAUUAGAUGCAUUAGCUCUUUGCCAGGACUGCUUUGCUGGUACAGUAGGAUCUUAGGUUGUGCAUGACUGCAUGUUACAGAGAUUUUACAAUUUUAGAUGUACAUUUCAUAUCUAAUAAGUAAGCAAAUAGCAAGAGGAAAGAAAAGCAAAUGGAUAGUUAGAUCCUAGCAAGCCUUGGGCAUCACGCCUAAUCAAUGUAGGAGUAUAUCUAGUUGACACAACUCUUCUGGGACACGGAAUAUUUUACUGUUCAGUUCAUUUCUUGGUAAAAAAAACAUUUUUUCCUCGACAAAUCUGAGCAGAUAUGAUAUACUCCCUCCGUUCCUAAA